AAGGAGAUUCGAGAAGAAGAUGAUGAUUGGGAUCGCCCUGGUCCAAGCAGCUCGAUUCCGGCUAGUAAUCUCACUAAUGGACGCUGCAAUGGAGAGCUCAGGACGAGGCUAAGGCGGAACGGAGAGACGAAGCGAGAGAAUGGAAUACAUUCGAAUGUAAACUGCAGUCUGAGUUCUCCAGCCUCAUCUGCCAUGUCGAGCAUUACUGAGGAAGUUGAGAUUGAGCGGCACUACCGCGAAAUCGGGAGUCGUAUCGUGAAAAUGCUUGUUGAAAGAGGUUUGAUACCUUCGUCCACAGAGCAUGUUUAUCGCGAAAUUGCGACCAAUUCGGUUCCACGUGAAGCAUCCGUCAGCCAUGAAGGAAAGGAAGAUGAUGAUGACUCGGAUUUGGAUGAAGUUUCGGAAGAACUGCUUCGAUGCCAAACUGAGUUGCAGGAAUUGGAACCUAGGUUACGAGGAGUAAUUUCUCACUGCUGGAGUAAAGUACAAGCAGAGUUUGCUUACUGGGAAACUUCGAAACAGUUGGAUGAUGCUGAUUUGGAUGUGAGUUCCGGUAAUUAUUCUCAGUGA